AUGUCGAAGCCUGGCAGUUCCGAUCAUCCUCCUCAUCGUUGUCUGGCUGAGUUUCUGCGCGGACUGCGUGAACAGCAAUCGACAGGAACCCUGUGCGAUGUGGUACUGAAAGGCUGCGAAGAGUCCGCAGUGGGCAUUCCUUGCCAUCGCAAUGUCCUCAGCGUGCACAGCGAUUACUUUCGGGCCGUCUUCACACAGGACUGGAAAGACUCAUCGCAGCGAAUAUUCCCGCUGCACAACAUCGACAGCAGCACACUGAACGAGUUGGUAAACUACGCAUACACCCUGGAACUGAACUUGAACGACGACAAUGUGGAAUCCAUACUGAUUGCCGCGCAGUUCCUGCAAAUGACCGCCGCGGCCCGCCUGUGCUGGGACUACGUGGAGAAGCACGUCGACCUGUCUAACUGCUUGGCCGUCCACGCCCUAGCCUCUAACUACCACAACCCCGGUCUGGCCGACACCGUCCUGGGUUUUAUCUAUCUCUACUUCCUGCAGGUGGCCAAGAGCCACGAAUUUCUGCAGGUGGACGCGCAACAGCUCAUUGCAGUGCUCACAUCGGAUAGCGUGGACGUGGUCAGCGAGGAUGAGGUGUGGGAGGCGGUGCUGCGCUGGCUGGAUCACGAUUGUCCGGCACGCUUGACGCACGUGCCGACGCUUCUGCCGAUGGUGCGUGUUGCCUGCCUGAGCGAGCCGUGUCGGCAGGAAUACGCGCUGAUCCUCCGCAGCGUGCCGGCGGGAAUGCCGCAGUCCACGGUGGAAUUGGUCGGCGGUACGACGCAGAUCGCCAAGCCACGGCAUUCAGUCGGAGCGCAGGAAGUGAUUCUGUGCUUGGGAGGCACCUGUGAGGAGCCGUUUGUCGAGGAGGAAGCCAGAGUGGACGUCUUCUGUCCGUCGAUCCCGGCCGUGUGGCGCCUUAAGGAUCUUCCCGACCUCGUCGAGUGCUGCUCGGCGGUGCUGCUGGACCCCGGCUGCAUCAUGAUCAACAGCAUGAACUGCAUCGGGACCGUACAGCGCAACAGCCGCUACACCGGCCUGCGCGACGAAUGGCGGGCUAUCGAGGGCAUCCUGCCGGAGCAUCGGGAGCCGCUCCGAGAAUCGCCACUGCGCCAAGCGGGAGCGCUGGCCUCACUGAAUGGGCGUGUCUACGCGGCCGGCGGUUUUGAUCCGUUUGCCUACGGAGGAGUAAAGGCACUGGCAUCCGUGGAUGCGUACGAUCCCAGGAGCGAUUCCUGGAGCGCCGUCGCCGCGCUGCCCAUUGGAUUGAUGGGUUUGGCGAUGGUGGCUUGUAAGGGGCGGUUGUACGUCUUCGGCGGCGAAGACACGGAGGACGUUUCGAAUGCUGUAUUCGCCUACGAUCCCGCAGCGAAUACCUGGACAAGACUGGCGGAUAUGCCGACCGCGCGCAGCGGUUGCCGAGGCUGUGUGGCUCCCAACGGGCUGAUCUAUGUUACCGGUACGUGA